UCGGCCACCGCCCAAAGCGGCCGCUUAAGAUUGUUAUACGGGCGCGCACGCCUGAAUUUUCAACACUUGGCCCAUGCGAGCUACGCUACAACUCGAGCAGGUAGACCACGACAGAAUCAGACCUAUUGGUGUCGCCGCGUAGCCCAACACUUUGCAUGAGAACGUCUACGUCAGAUAUAGAACGACCUUCUUAUGACCAAGGCGUCUCCCUCACAAGGCAGCGAUGGUAAGAAACCACGCCCCCCAUGGUCGAUACUGUCAACCAGGGCGGCCGAAUCCCGGAAGCCGGGUUGGAUCCCUGAGCGAGACCGUCGUGAGGCCGGCUCUUCCUCGGGCACCAAGUACAAGCAGAGCCCCUUGAAAAGUUCGUCCACCAAGCAACGAGGUGACCAUGGCGGCGUCUCUCCGCCGUCAUCCAGGUGCGCCGACACCCAGCGACCCUGCUGGAUAUCGGAGCGGGACUGGCAGGAGGCAGGUCCUUCGGGUGUCAGGCAGAGUCCCGUGAAGAAGUUGGGUCCCGGAUCCAGACCGGCCAAGACGGCGCGAAUGCAAAGCAGGGCGACAUCAGUGACGGCCACCGUUUCGGGAACUCCUCGUCGACUCUGCAGGCAAUCCACCAAGCAGCGGGGCGACGGUGGCGGCGUCCCUCCACCGUCAUCCAGGAGCGCCUACACCCAGCGGCCCUGCUGGAUAUCGGAGCGGGAUUGGCAGGAGGCCGGUCCUUCGGGUGUCAGGCAGAGUCCCGUGAAGAAGUUGGGUCCCGGCUCCAGACCGGCCAGGACGGCGCGAAUGCAAAGCAGGGCGAAAGCAGUGACGGCCACCGUUUCGGGGAUCUCUCCACUACGACGCCGCAUGGAGGAGGGCGUAUCCCGGCAGAGUCCGGCGCCAGCCAACCAGAGCCCCGGUGACCUUGAUAGAGAGGACGACGCCGGAGGAUGCAGUGGUGCUCCUAUGGAGGUGGACCAUGCGAAAUUAUUGUCAAGCGCGUUCGACGAGUUGAUGAGGACAGCUUCGGCAUCAAUACACAUGAUAGCGUCGUCCUGUGUCACAAUGAGCGAUCCUGGCCAACAGUCGGGAAAUGACUCUUCUUCGUAGAGCCGGCUUGGCUGGUUUCCCGUUCCGAACUGCUAGGACACUCCUGCUACACCAAGGAGCUUAUUCGAACGUUAUAUUUAUUCUGACGUGGGGACCAUAGGUUUCUGUACUAUUUUUAGCUUAGAGCUGCGAUGGCUUACUACAGCGACUUGUGAUAUUGAUUGCUAUUAUUUCUUUUAGUUUAUUUUACGGUUUUGAACUUUGCGACGGCGUACCCUGUUGUACGUACAAGAAUCAAGUAAACGCACGGGAGUUUCUAGUUAUCCUUGGCCUCCAUUCUUUGCAUACUCGCCUCAGUUCUACAUGCAUCUGCCAUGACUGGCUUUCGCACCUCUUAGGACUUUGCAUUGGCUGUGCGAGUAUGGAAUAUUUUCGUUGGCGUAGCUCAAGGAACCUAACAUUGUAGACCAGGGUCGAGCAGGCCCUUCUGGAUCUAGGUGUGCUAUCAUCCUGUAUGUUCAUGGCAUAUCUCACAAUCUGAAAAAAAAAAGCACGCAAACGUGCUUGUGUUCGGGUUUUAUUUUCCACUCCGAAACCCCUUCGUUUGAUGUGGGCCAAGGUGAAUGUCGGGAAAGUGAACAGGUGUGCGCAAAAAACCAUGGGCAGAAGCAUGUCGGUUGUGUAAAGAAAGUAGUUUAUUCG